AUGCCUCAGAUGUCUAAGCUUCUUCUGGGCAGCGCUGCAGUGGCCGGCACUUGGGCCUUCGUGGCUCCCACACCUGCAACUCGUGAUUCUCAGUUGAGGGGUGCCCCGCACCGUGCCACAGGGACCAGCGCCGCAGGCAACACUUCCGGCAGCUUCGGUGCCACUGCUGCAGUGGCCGCACUGGGUGCUUGUGGAGUAGCUUCCAUGCGCCGCGCUGGAAAGCAGCAGAGGAAAGCGGAUGAUGAUGCUUAUGGUGCCAGCCACACAUCAUUCUACACUGAUGCGGUGGCCAAGGACAAGUAUGACACGUUGGAGGAGGUGUUGGCUGAGAAGCUGAAGGAUGACAAGUUGAAGGGGAUGGUGAACGAGCUGCUGGAUGCGUGUGUGAAGAUUACGGAGGCCUUGCGCAUUAACCUGGUGACAGUGAAUGAUGCCUCCAAUGCUUUUGGAGACAGGCAGCUCACUGUGGAUGUCAUUGCCGACAACCUUCUGUGGGAUUUGGCCAAGACUUCCAAGAAUGUUUUUGAGGCAUCUUCAGAGGAGGAGCCGGAAAUUGUGAAGACCAAUGCGGAUGGUCAGUAUGUCCUGUGCUGGGAUCCCUUGGAUGGUAGUUCCAUUGUGGACAACAACUGGGCGGUGGGCACCAUCAUUGGUGUCUGGGACAAGUCCACAGGGCUGAUUGGUGCCACGGGACGUGACCAGGUCAUGAGCAUUGUGACGCUCUACGGGCCACGCACCACGGUCUUCAUCACUUUGGACGAUGGCGUCUACGAGUUCACGCUGGGAGAUGGAAACAAGUGGAUUUGCUCCAGGGACAAGAUUUCCAUCAAGACCGAGUGCAAGAUCUUUGCCCCUGCAAACAUGCGCGCCGCCCAAGAGGUUGAAGGUUACAACAACCUCAUCAAUCACUACAUGACCAACAAGUUCACCUUGCGCUACACUGGUGGUUUGGUGCCCGAUGUGUGCCAGCAAUUCACCAAGGGUCAAGGCGUUUUCACCAACCCAACAUCCAAGGCCUCUCCUGCAAAGUUGCGCCUGGCCUUCGAGGCGGCCCCAUUCGGGCGAUUGGUGGAGAUGGCUGGAGGGAAGACCUCGGAUGGUGUCUCCGGCAACAGCGUGCUGGACAUGAAGAUCACAGCAGUUGAUCAGCGUACCGCGCUGGCAAUUGGCUCCGCUGCAGAGGCGCUCCCCAGUGGGCGUUUGCCAACUUUGACGGGAAGUCAAUCUCCUGAUUUGCGUUGCCCCCGCAAGAUGCAGCAAAUCCAUGUGUAG